CAGCCCGCCCCCUGCCCUCGGCUGCGGCUCGGGCUCAGGCCCACACCCCCUGCCUCCCGUUGCCGGCUCUGCUCGCUCGGUCGCUGCUGUCCGGCUGAUUUACCAGCUCCAGGGCUUUGUUCGGCGCCGCCACAGCGCCCCGGGCGGGGCAGGAAUCGGGCAGGCUCCCCCGGUGAGACCCGAAGCAGAGCCGAUGUCCGCCGCGCCCGUCCGAUCCCCGACGCUGCGGCCCCACAGGAUGAAGAAAGACGAGUCGUUCCUGGGCAAGCUCGGCGGGACGCUGGCGAGGAAGAAGAAAGCCAAGGAGGUGAGUGACCUCCAAGAAGAAGGUAAAAAUGCCAUCAAUGCACCAAUGAACCCAAGCACUGUGGACAUUCAUCCAGAAGACACACUAUUAGAGGAGAAUGAGGAACGCACUAUGAUUGAUCCUAACUCGAAAGAAGACCCCAAGUUCAAAGAGCUGAUCAAGGUUCUAAUUGACUGGAUUAAUGAUGUGCUGGUGGAGGAGAGAAUCAUUGUCAAACAGCUUGAAGAGGACCUUUAUGAUGGACAGGUGCUGCAAAAGCUGCUAGAAAAAUUAGCAGACCGUAAACUCAAUGUGGCAGAAGUGACACAAUCUGAAAUUGGUCAGAAACAAAAGUUGCAGACGGUCCUGGAAGCUGUCCAUGAUUUACUCCGACCCCAUGGCUGGACAAUCAAGUGGAACGUUGACUCAAUCCAUGGCAAGAAUCUGAUUUCCAUUCUUCACCUUCUGGUAGCUUUGGCAAUGCAUUUCCGGGCUCCCAUUCGACUGCCUGAACACGUGUCUGUACAAGUGGUAGUUGUGCGGAAACGCGAAGGCCUCCUUCAGACCACUCACGUUACAGAGGAGCUGACGACUACGACAGAGAUGAUGAUGGGAAGAUUUGAGCGUGAUGCCUUUGACACACUUUUUGAUCAUGCACCGGACAAACUCAGCGUAGUCAAAAAGUCCCUGAUCACCUUUGUGAACAAACACUUGAAUAAACUGAAUUUGGAAGUAACAGAGUUAGAAACUCAGUUUGCAGAUGGUGUUUACUUGGUUUUGCUCAUGGGUCUCCUUGAAGACUAUUUUGUUCCACUUCACAACUUCUACUUAACACCUGAAAGUUUUGAUCAAAAGGUCCAUAAUGUUUCCUUUGCUUUUGAGCUGAUGCAAGAUGGAGGACUGAAGAAACCAAAAGCUCGUCCUGAAGAUGUUGUCAACUUGGAUCUGAAGUCUACCCUCAGGGUUCUAUACAACCUGUUCACGAAGUACAAGAACAUUGAAUGACCGUGGAAGCUGCUGAGGUCUUCAUCCUUCCAACCUUAGGCAGAAAUUACAAUAAACACACCCUCUGCACGCUCCCAUUGUGCCUUAUGCUAUACUUCAUGCAUUCUUUCUACAAUUACUGUGGUCUCUCUGUAGCUGUUUAUAUGACAAUCCCACUAAAAAUAAUGCAUGUGUAUUCUCUAAGUCACUUGAAAAUGUGUAGAUAUUUCACACUUUUACCAGAAGAUACUGCUGGGUCUGUUGUUUGUAAUGAUCAACAAAUGUUCUUUUGAUAAAGGAAAUAUACCACUAACUAAUUUAAUAAGCAGGGAAAACAUUAGGCCUUCCUCAUGGCUGGAGCCUCUUUGAUUCUACAAUAGAAUUUCUUUUGCAUAGUCCUUGAUUACAGCUGGCAUUUGAUGAUUUUCCGGGCUUAAGUGUUAGCAAUAGAAAAUCAGCAUUGGAAUUUAUAUAGAAGCUGAGCCUUUUCUGUUAAAUAACAUUUUUUAUGUUCCGUUGGGUGGGGGGGGACUGAGGGGAAUUAUAGGCACUAUCUGAAGCUAGUGGCAAAAGCUUCAGUUUUUGUGUUAAUCUCAUGCUACUCAGUGUUACUUCCAUUCAGUGUUUACACAGAGUAAGUCUUUCAGUGGAAUGACCAGCUAAUUGUUUGAUAUCUAUUUUUUAUUUCAUCUCCCUUCUAGGAGAAAAUUGGUUGCUAGAGCCACGUUUUCCUGUUAAACACAUAGCUUCAAUCAGGUCUGUCAGGAGCCGGUCAAAUAGGUGUGGGCUGGAUUAAUACAUUUUGCCCAUGAUCCUUUCUGAAAUGAACACAGGGAAUAAUGAGCUUGACAGUUUAAAGGCUGACUUUAUUUCAAGUAGCUGAGUUAAAGGCCUUUUGGAGUUACUGGCAGCUGUACAGAUCUGGGGCUCAGGCUUUUAUAAGCAGAGUUUUAUGUAUUUUCUUUCCUAAAGAGAAAACCUGAAUUUCUAUAUAAAUAAGAGCUUGCUUUUACUUAGGGAUUGCACUGGACUAUUGCAAGAGGCAACCCAAUGGUUAGCACUUAAAUGUGAAACUCUUCAGUGACCAGUUAUGCUCCAAACUAAUUCCAUCAAGUUGCCUUGUACCAUCCCAAGAAAUAACUCUGCUAGGCUGUGGCCUAGUUCUACAGUCUUUUAAGUUGUUAUGGAUUUUAGUGGUCUCUGUUUUAAAAAGGGAUUGCUAGAUUUAUCUGGUAGACUCUAGUUACCUCAUAGUACUUCACAGGUUUCAUUUGUAGAGCUUUUCCCGGCUGAUGUGGUAGGUACAGCAGUGCGUACAAGAGGGCUGCGCUGGAACAUGAGUUGUCUUGAGUAGAGUUUUGAGGACAACUUUGCUAAGGAAACUGGAUUGUCAUUUCCAGAGUAAAUUAUUUGUGGAAUACGCUUAUAAUAGUGUGGAGUACACAGGGGACAGAUUUGACUGCUGCUUUUAUAUAUCACAGCAGUAGCUAUUCUUUUAUGGGCAGCCAUCAUUUUGAGUGAAACAUUAGGCAGAGUGCCUCAAAGAGGAAGCCGGUAGUAUUGCUCUUCUCCAGGGGCUCACUGAAGUCCUGUUGUAAAUAGGCAUCCUCUUUCCUUAGAAAUUGAUUUCUUACACUAAACAUUAUUUACCCUACUGAAUUCAAGAAGAAACGUGCUAUUUGAAUGGUAUAAUUUAAAGAUUGUGAUUUUCUCCUUCCCUCCUUAAACAUGUUCUUUUAAUCUCAGAGAGAAGUGGGCUUCUACAUCUUAGUUUCAUAUUUUGGGGUUCUGAGUAGUAUUUGAAUGAUUUGAGUCACCUCCCAUCACACCUCCAAAACAAAGAUGGAAAGAAGUUGCCCUUUAUUUCCAUGAAAAAAAUCAUAUCUUAUCUGAAUCUUUAAGGUUCUGUGAGGAAUUUUUGCUUGUUUGUGCUUCAGAAGGGAGCUGACCUCUUGCUGUUUAUACAGAGCCUAGAACAAUUGGACUUAAAUUUCAGAUGGGGCCACUAGACUUUACCAUGACACUAGCAAUUGUUACAAAGGAGACUUUCAGAGGCACUAAGGCCUGGUGGGUCAGCUCUCCUGGCAAGUUAAUGAAAUUGUUCUAACCUUUCAUGCUGUAAAACAGGGGCUGGAAGGUAAUUGAACUGAAAGGUCAAACUUUUAGUUCAAUGCAGUGUUACUUGUGGAAAACAAGCCUGUUAAAGAGCUUCUCAUUCCAUCCACUUUCCUUCAGGUGAUGUGGAAGUGCUGGUACUGUUUGUAUUCUCUGAGUAGCUUGGAAAUACCUUCAGAGAAUCUAGGUUUUUUAAUUGCAAGCAAUAUUAAUAUCAAAAGCAAACAGAAAAUAAGAGGCGAUUGAUAAGAGCAGUUUGGCUUUGGGAGGGGGAAUGACUAUUUCUGAGAUGGUAUUAUACAGCUGGCAUCUUCAUUGCAUGUUAACAGAUGUGAACAUUUUAAAAUAGCUUCUGUUUUGUUCAAUUAUGUGUUUCUGGUCACUGCAGAAACCUGAGUCCCUCCUGUACAGUCUUGAGGCAUGGGUCCCUAUUAGCAUUCCUUACAUUAAUAUCCCUGUCAGGGAAGACUGCAGGCUUGAUGCCCUGAACAGCUUGGGGCAGGUGUCAUACCCUAUUUUGUUAUGUUUUUAAGUCUUUUGGUAAAUGUUGUACAGGGAAAAUACAUUUUUCAUUCCUUGGCUCCUUGCUGUCUAGCUGGCAUAGAUGCUGUACUUCCUGCUAACCAGAUUGCAAGCAGGGUGGAUUUAACUGAACUCGAGCUUCAUCCCAAUCAGUGAGGUUUGCAGGAAGAAUAAUGUAGGUAAAGCUUCUCUAAACACCUGCUUUUGUCAUGCCUUUCUGUUACAUAUGCAUGAUACUAAGUUCUUUUCCUCUCAAAAAAAUGAGUCAUUGUUAAACAUGUUACUCAUGAACUCUUUGUGCUGCUAGAGUUUUAGCUGUGUUCCUGGGAGCCAGGAGGGUAGUUCUGAAUCGUGUUGAGUUCAUUUGGAAUGUCGAAUGCUCUGUGGCAUAAAAGCUUCUGCAUUUGUAAGUACAUAAUGAAUGUCUGUCUUUUCCACCCUGUACAGCUUGCCUUCUAGGUGCAUCUGCUUGACAUACUCAGUUCCACUGAGCUGUAUUGCCACAAGAGAAGGGCAGAUACUCCUCAGCUGCAUCCUAUUUUUCAAGAUGAAAAACAAAGAGUGGCAGAUAUUUUAGAAUCAGUUUAAACCUUUGUGUGAUUUCUGACCCCUCUUCCCCACACACCAGUACUUUCAGUGUUAAUGUAUUUUUUAAGAGUCUUUUCUACUGUUUUUAGCAGUGUUCACUCUGGAUUUCUAACUACUAAAAACCAGCCUUGCGGAUAAAAUUCUGGACUUGUUACAAAGCUGGAUGUCUCUAGCAUAUGACAAGAGUUGUGUACUGUAAGCAAGUUACAAUGCAAUGCUAUGUUUGCUAAAAAUCACAGCAGGAGUGUUAUGCAUGGUUUGUGACAGUUGUACUAUUUAUUCAAAUAAAUAAAUAAUGAUCACUUGGCUUUCUA